GCGGAAGAGAGAUCGUUCAGCCAUGGCUGGGGCUCGCAGGCUGGAGCUGGCCGAAGCCCUGGAGCUGGGACCUGGCUGGCGGCAUGCGUGCCAUGCGCUGCUCUACGCGCCCGACCCGGGGGUGCUCUUCGGCCGCAUCCCGCUGCGCUACGCCGUACUGAUGCAGAUGCGCUUCGAUGGGCGCCUGGGCUUCCCCGGAGGCUUCGUGGACGCGCAGGACAGUAGCCUGGAGGACGGUCUGAACCGCGAAUUGCGGGAGGAGCUGGGCGAGGCGGUGUCGGCCUUCCGCGUGGAGCGCGCUGACUACCGCAGCUCGCACGCCGGGCCCAGGCCGCGCGUCGUAGCCCACUUCUACGCCAAGUGUCUGACGCUGGAGCAGCUGGUGGCCGUGGAGACGGGCGCACCGCGCGCUAAGGACCACGGGCUGGAGGUCCUGGGCCUGGUGCGGGUGCCCCUGUAUACCCUGCGGGAUGGUAUGGGAGGCCUGCCUGCUUUCCUGGAGAAUUCCUUUAUUGGAGCUGCACGAGAGCAGCUACUGGAAGCUCUCCAAGACUUGGGACUUUUGGAAUCUGGCUCUCUGUCGGGCCUUAAGAACUAAGCUCAUUGCUAGAGGCAACCCUCCGUGGACCCAUGGAACCUGGGAUGAGGACCUUGGUACUAAGGAGUGACGGAGGGAAGGAAAGAGGAAUGUUUUCUGUGCCUGAGAGGUGACAGAUGAUACCAGAUUAAAAGACGAAGUGUGGGCAAUGUGUUUUGAGCAGAGGGCCCCACCCCGCCUCCGCAGCUACUUAUGGCAUCAAGGGCAAAAAUUCCCAGCUCAUCCUAGGGGCCAUGACAGAUUCUCAGAGCUUGCCUCCUUCCUGUGCAUUUGCACACACAGCUUGGUAAUGCUCAGGCAUGCAAAUGUACAAUCUGUGACCACACACCUUUCCCCCAUCAAGUUCAGUUUAACCAGGAAGUGGUAUUUGGAGGCUGUCUGUCACCAUAUGCUGCUCCUUGCUGGGAGGAGCUUCUGAGGUUUGAGUGGGUCUCUUCCCACACGCCUGCAUGGCUGCUCUCCAGGGUCUAGCCCAGGCCAUGCUUGUUGGGCAGGAUGGAGAAAGAGGACCCUCUUUGCUCCCUAAAGUAGUCAUGCCUUUGAUUGAGAGUUGAUCAAAGUCAUGGGCUCCUACAGAGUGAGAGAGGGUCCUAACUAAUCCCCUGAUUCUUUUCUCCCAUUGAAACUGAGCAGAAGGGGAGAGAAAGUGGCUAUAUCUUCUUGAACUGACCUUGGACUUGAGAGCUCUGAGUCCUAGUGCCUCUCCUCCAGACCUUUCAUCUUUGGGGUGCCUUAGACUCUGGGGAAAUCAGAAGGGAACUGACCCAGCCCUGUCUAGUCCUGCCCUGCCAAACAGUCUCCCAGUAAAGAAGAGCUUACAGCUGGGUAUUGAGGCCCCUCAGUUCUUUCAACACAUUUAUUAUGUAUCUACUAAAUGUUGGGUACCUUGAAAGAUUUAGAGAGCCAUGGGCCUUGCUCUCUAAGACUCCAGAGAAGGGGUCUACAAAAUUUUCUUAAAGGUUUUUCUUAAAGGCCUGGAUAAUGAAUAAUUUAGGCUUUGUGAGCCAUAUGGUUUUUAUGGCAGCUGUUUAACUCUGCAUGUGAAAAGUACGUGGACAGUACAUAAACAACUGGGUGUGGCUGUGUUCCAAUAAAACUAUUGA